GAAUAAUGAUGCUGUUGGUCCUCCUCUGCACGCCAGACUUCCACACGCGCCUCUCCUCUGGCUUCUACAGACAGACAGACCUCUCCUACAGUCAGUUCGUCAUGCAGAGUCUGGACAACCCAGGAAUCUACGUAGCCGAGGUCGCUGCCGAGGAUCAGAGAGUCGACGCGCCUGUCGGAGCUCCGGUAAAGAGGGAAACAGCGUGGGACUACAGAGGGAAUAACACGGGCUACCUCAAGAUUCACAUAGACUACGCCCGUCCGCAGCACGAGCCAUGGGCGGGGACGGAGUGCAUGGGCGUGAGGGUGGCCUUUGCCCGACGCAGGACUCUCCCCAGGACUGCUCUGGCGUCCUUCCCGGGUUCGGGAAACACUUGGCUCAGGUAUCUGAUCCAGAGCACGACCGGCCUCUUCACCGGCUCUGUCUACAACGACCCCCAGCUGGCUUCAAAAGGGUUCUACGGUGAGAAUGAGACCCCUGAAUGCGGGUGUACCAUCGUGGUCAAAACCCACGGCUACAGCCUCGGAGGUCGGCCGGAAUCCAGGGACAAGCGACUGAAGGAGAUGAACAAGUUCUUCGGGCGGGGCCUCCUCCUCGUCAGGAACCCUUUCGACACCCUCAUCGCCUACAGGAACUUCCUCUCGGCGGGGCACCUGGGGGUAGCAGGACCCACCGCCUUCAGGGGACCAGCCUGGGACAGAUUCGUCCGCAACGAAAUCGAACUCUGGAAGUCUUAUGCCGUCGACUGGAUUACACUGAGCAGAUCGUCCCACGUGGUCCACUACGAACACCUCCUUGAAGACCCUCGGAAGGAACUCCUCAGGAUCCUACACUUCUUAAGGAUUCGAGUCGACAACCGGCGUUUCCAGUGCGUCCUUAAGAAUCUCAACGGAGCCUUCAAGAGGACCACCCCCAACGGCGUCUAUUACAGGCUGAGAGACCCUUACACGCCCGAGCAACACCGAGUAAUUGAGAACGCCAUGAACGAAGUAGACCAGGCUCUUAUGCAACACGGAUGGCCCCCUCUGCCUAUGCACCUGUACAGUUACAACUACGAGAACUUCACGAGCGGCCCCGUCAGCCAGCGCCGUCAGCACCAGAGUCAGCUCUCGCACCAGCCUUCAGAUAGUUCCUCCCUGACGAAGGGGACGUCGGGAGAUGAUCAGCAGAAUGAUAUUAAAGGGAGAAAGGAGAAGACAAAGAGUCCGUUUGGGGAUCCCAGUGGGGGUGAUAACGAGAGCAAUGUGAUUAAGCUAAGUCCCUGGAUGAAGAACAGAUGAAUUUGCGGUUUAUUUUCGGUUAGUUCAUUUAUAUUUUUAAUCUUUAGUGGUGUUCGUUGAAGGUCCGUUGUAUUACAGUGUAUAAAUGCGUGGGUGAUAAAAUCGUUUUUUUUUUCUCGUUUUUGUUUGCAUUAUUUUAUAUAUUACAUCUUCAACUGGCAACAACCAUGGGUGAGAGUUAUUUACUCAAUGAACAACACAGACAUUUACAGUAUGAAUGUAAUUGAAUGUUUGUUGUCAAUUGUUACAUUCCUAAUACUAUAUACUUACUCAGUCAUAUCACAAAGAGAAGCAAGGAGUUGUAACAAA